AUGGAUCCCUCGCAGGUCAAGAUCCCGCCGAUGAAAGAUCUCACGGCAGAGAACAUCACCGAGAAUGUCAUCACCAUCAACUCGCUCUGCGAGGACGAGCGCAUGAAAUACGUCCUCGAGCGCCUAGUCACGCACUUGCACGACUUUGCGCGCGAGACCCGCCUCAGUAGCGACGAGUGGAUGACGGGUCUGCGGUUUUUGACGGAGGUGGGACAGAUUUGUACGGAUGUGCGGCAGGAAUUCAUUCUCCUCUCCGACAUCCUCGGCCUCUCCAUCCUAGUCGACUCAAUCGACCACCCCAAACCACCGGGCUCAACAGAAGGCACAGUCCUAGGCCCAUUCCACACACACGAUGCCGAAGAAAUGCCCGCCGGCGAGUCGAUCUCGCAUGAUCCCUCCGGCAAACCACUGCUGGUCGUGUGCACCUUGCGCGAUACAAAUGGGCGUCCCAUCGAGGGCGUCAAGAUCGAUAUCUGGGAGACGGAUUCCUCGGGUCAUUAUGAUGUGCAGUAUGCUGGGCGCGAGGAGCCGGAUGGGCGUUGUGUCAUGCGCUCGGAUAAAGAGGGUAUUUUCUGGUUCAGGGCUAUUACCCCCGUGCCCUAUCCUAUCCCCCACGAUGGGCCUGUUGGACGGUUGUUGAAGAAGUUGCACCGUCAUCCGUAUAGGCCGAGCCAUAUGCAUUUUAUGUUUGAGAAGGAGGGGUAUGAUCAUUUGAUUACCGCACUCUACCUCCGUAACGACCCCUACGAAACCUCCGACGCCGUCUUCGGAGUCAAGGACUCCCUCACCGUUGACAUCGGCAAGGCGGGCCCGGAGAUCGCGAGCAAGUACGGCGUGCCGGAGGGCCAUGCCUUGCUCACGUAUGACUUUGUGCUUGUUUCUGAUGCGGAGACGUCUGAGUUGCGCGCGAAGAACUCGAUGAUUGCGCUGGAUAAGUUGGGACGGAAGGUGAAGAUUGUUAAUGGGCUGCCUGUGCCGGAUUUGGAUUGA